CACAUUUAAUAGCGACAGGAAAAAAAAUAAUAAUAAAUAGUUUUAGAGGUAGCUAACGCUAUGCUCGUUUUAACUGGGUCUCACGACUCAACGGUGUGAUUUGUAGGCUAAGAAGCCUGCUCCUGUAAGUAUGUGUUCUGGCUUAUAACGACGUCGACGUUAGAAGACCAUCUUUUUGCAUGUAAAAUAGCUUGAUGAUUUACUUGAAUGAACCAGCCAUUUCAGCUAUGGGGAACACAUCAUCAAGGAGUUAUUUACCAGGAAUCGAAAUGCAACCUGCAAAAACAACUCUGUUCAAACAGGAGCAAACUGGGACAAGAUACAGAAUUCCAGCUCUCAUUUACCUAAAAGAGAGUCAGACAUUCCUUGCCUUUGCAGAAAAGCGCUCUUCCCUCAGUGACAGUGAUGCAAAAAGUAUUGUUAUGAGGCGAGGAACUCAACAAAAUGGAUCCACUCAGUGGUCAGAAUCCCAGGAGCUGUUGUCAGCAUGUUUACCAGACCACCGCACCAUGAACCCCUGCCCGGUGUAUGAGAAGAAUACCAAGACUCUAUUCCUGUUUUUCAUCUGCAUUUUAGGGAACACUUCGGAGCACCAUCAGAUCUGGACAGGCAAGAAUAAGGCCCACCUGUGCUACAUCACCAGUAAUGAUGAGGGCCAAAACUGGAGCCCGACAAAGGACUUGACAGAGAGUGUGAUUGGCAAAACGGUCAGAAGGUGGGCUACAUUUGCUGUGGGACCAGGCCAUGGCAUUCAAAUGGAGAGUGGAAGAUUGAUCAUACCUACCUAUGCCUAUUAUAUCCACUUCAAAUGCUUCUCCUUCCCCUUCCCCUUCACGGUACAGCCUCAUGCUCUCUCAAUAUACAGUGACGACUUCGGUCAGACAUGGCAAAUGGGCAGGAUGCUUCAAAGAAAGUCCUGUGAGUGUGAGAUGGCAGAGAUCAUAGACCACGAGGGCAGGAGUCACCUGUACUGCAACGCUCGCCAUGGAGGACAUAGAGUGGAGGCUCUGAGUGAGAGCAGUGGGGUUUACUAUGACAAGCCUCGCUUGGCUCCGAGGUUAGUGGAGCCAGGCCAUGGUGGUUGCCAAGGUAGUGUGAUUGGCUUCCCUGCCCCUGAGCAAGGUGAAGAGGGUAUGGGUGGUACCACAUCAUCACCACGGGCCUCAGACACGCAAACCUGGCUUCUCUUCACCCACCCGACCAAUAAGAGAACGAGGAAAGACUUGGGAGUGUAUUUGAACCGAUCCCCACUGCACACGUCAGGUUGGGACCGGCCCUGGAUCGUCCACAGUGGACCCAGUGGCUACUCAGACCUGGCCUACAGUGAGGACACUGAGCACUUUGCUUGCCUGAUGGAAUGUGGGGAGAAGAGUGAGAUUGAACAGAUUGCUUUUGUGUCUUUUCCACUCAGUGAUGUCAUGCAGACCAUUGAUGAGAAAGAAAAGACCUUCUAGGUUUUCGUUAGGGUUGUAUUUCAGAAAUACACUCUAACUCCAAUCAGAUUCAGUGGUCAGUAGAUACAUUAUCAUCCCUGUACUUUAUUAGUAUCGAAAAAGAAGCAAUCUGAAAAGAAUAUGAUCAUUUAUAUCAAAGUCGUUUUGUGUAGAAAAGGUAACUUACACUAAAAUGUCAUUGAAAUGCAAUCAUAGUUAAAUGUGAUAUAAUCUGUAGAUGUGAUCAUUUUAUGAAGUCGGACUAUGAACUGCAAUGCAUGCUGUCAUGGGACGACAGUCUAUUUAAACAGCCUACGUUUGCUACUUAGUUCUGCAAUGUAACUCCUUUCACCUCUACAGUGAUUCAAAGGAUUCAGUUCCUCAUGCUUGUCAAGCACACUGUGAAGAGAACAACCUGCUCAGCCACAACUCUGCUCCCUGUUGAAUGAACAGCCAUCCCUCGAUCAUGAAGUUGUUUGUUAUCUACUGUGACUCAUCUGUUCAAACUGCAUGGGCUUCCCAAUGCCACACUAUCCAACCCUGUCUUUAAGCACAUUGUAUCCCUGUCUGGACAGUUCAAACAUUCCCCAUAGCAUUAUAAAUGUUAUGACUAUGUAAUUUGUGAAUGUUAUUGAUGUCAUUUAUGCUGUUGUUCAGACCCUCUGUAAUGACAGUGAGCCACUCUGAAAAGUGUCUGCUAAAGGACAGAUCAGCUUCAUUUGCUGAGAACUCCAAUGUGCCAAAUUAGAUUAUUUUUCCCUGUCUCUAAGUAAUGCUACAAUAUUAGUCCUGUCUCAACUAUCUGCACAAUCCUGUCCCUGCCUGUAUCCUUGGCUAUGCAGAAAACAUAUUGUUAAUCAUUUCUGUGAAUGGCAUGCAGAACUAUCUUUUGAAAAUAAAUGUAAAAAAUCUGAUAAACUAUGUUUAGCUUUUUGAUUUACAAAGUGUUGUGAGCAAACAAUGUGGUGCAACUGCCUUCCACCUUUAUCUCCAGGCCAGGGUUGAACUUAUUUAGCAGGUACAUUAAGAAAUCACUUUACUUGUUACAUGUUAUUAUCAAAUAUGUAACAAAAGUGAACAAUCUUGCUUUCUUAUAAAAUACAGUGCAUUCGGAAAGUA